GGUCGGACCUUAUUAUCAAACCGACUUGAAACAUGGCUGCUCCUGACAAUGAAGAGCAGUGAGCUGACUUUUCUUAGUGAAACCAGAAAACUACCAUUCAUAGAAACGAGUAUACGUCGAAGCUAUGGGUUUUAUUAGACACGUCGUGUGCGCCAUGUCCGGCGGCGUUGACAGCUCUGUCGCUGCGCUGUUACUGAAGAGAAGAGGUUAUAGUGUAACAGGAGUCUUUAUGAAGAACUGGGACUUGCAGGAUGAGAAGGGGCUGUGCACUGCAGAGAAAGACUGUGAGGACGCUUUCAGAGUGUGUCAGAUCCUGGACAUCCCCUUCCAUCAAGUGUCUUAUGUCAAAGAGUACUGGCACGAAGUUUUUAGUAACCUAUUGAAGGAAUAUGAGAAGGGCAGGACCCCAAACCCAGAUAUACUGUGUAACAAACACAUAAAGUUCAACCAUUUCCACAAGUACGCUGUCGACACACUGGGUGCUGAUGCCAUGGCAACUGGCCACUACGCCAGGACAUCACAGGAAGAUGAAGAGGUUUUCCAACAGACGUACACAGCCCCGCCUACCUCUCUCUUCAGAGAUCGAUUUGAGAUUAGAAAUCCGGUGAAGUUGUGCAAGGGAGCAGAUCUCGUCAAAGACCAAACCUUCUUCCUCAGUCAGAUCUCCCAGGAUGCCUUGCGACAAACCCUGUUCCCACUGGCUGGACUUACCAAAGGUUUUGUCAAAAAGAUUGCUGCUGAGGCGGGGUUUCACCAUGUGCUGAAGAGGAAAGAGAGCAUGGGCAUCUGCUUCAUUGGAGAGAGAAACUUUGAAAACUUUAUUUUGGAGUAUCUGGAACCUAAACCAGGGAACUUUGUCUCCAUCGAUGACGGGACGGUCGUGGGAACACACAAAGGCUGGUUCACUCUGACACUGGGCCAGAGGGCGAGGAUAGGAGGGCAGAAAGACGCCUUGUUUGUGGUGGACAAAGAUAUCACUACUGGAGAUGUGUUUGUGGCUCCAACUACCAAUCACCCGUCUCUUUUCCGUGACACGUUGCGGACCGACCGCUUCCACUGGAUAGCAGUUGACCCGCCUGCUGAACUAGCCAGGACUCAGAUGAUGGAGUGUCAUUUCCGCUUCAUCCACCAGAUGCCACUCGUUCCCUGUACGGUGACGCUGAACAUGAACGGCUCCGUGUGGAUCUCACUCUCACAGCCAUUAAGGGCUCUCACACCUGGACAGUUUGCUGUGCUCUACAAAGGUGACGAGUGUCUGGGUAGUGGGAAGAUUGUCCAACUGGGGCCCAGUGAAUACACGCUCCAGCAGGGCAGAGAGCGGUUGUUAGCAGCCACGCAGAUCAAGCAGCAGCAGACCCCCGAACCAGCCAGCUGAGACUGACCUCACAGCCCGGCCAUGGUGGAAAUGAGCUCUGUCCGGUACAUUAGGUAGAUCACCCUGUCCAUACAAAAAAAAAAGCCUCUUAAACUGGGCUUUGAGACAUAGUGCCUUGUUGGAGGCGGUACUUGGUUGUUUUUAAACUUUGACGUGUCAACAGUAUUGAUAACACGAGGGGAAAAAGGGUGGAUUUCCAUACUGUUUUAUUGUAUUUGGGCUUCGAUACCAUCUGCAUCUGAGCCUACGUGUGUUUUGGAGUGGAGACUAAAUGGUGAUAAGAUGGUUUGAUAAGUAACAGUAACCUCAUUUUAAAAAUAUUUUUCCCGACUACUCGCUAUUACAUGUCAAACGUCACUGAACAGAUGAUAUACACCGGUUACUAUUAUUUAUGCUCAACAGAUUCUCCAUUGAACAUUCACGAUAACAACAGAGCUGCUGUUAUUGUUUUCUAUGCAUUGUAAAGAAGACCUGCACUUUGAUGUAAGUUGUAGUUGAUCUGGUAUAUAUAUUUAAGUAAGGUUUAAGGUUUAGGUUUAAGGUAUUUUCUAAGACAUGCUGGAGGAUAAUUGCCAGAACUGUGGUUAUCGUUUGGAACUGGAGUUUUAAAAAGUAUCCAGCUCUAAAAUGGUUCAGUAAAUGGGAAACAAUCCCUCAACUCAAACUUUUGAAUUUGAGUGUUUUUGUCUUCAUACAGUCUGUACUCACUUGUUGUGACCUGUGGUCUUUUUCAAGGACUUUUUAAGACUGGUAGUCUCAACCCUUUUAGUGUUGUUUUUUAUAUUCUAAUGGUAGGAAACCUGUGAGCGACCCAGGAUUAACUGAAGCAUAGGAAGUUCUGUGGGAUCUGACUCUUUAAGCAGGAUUAACUACUCAUGUCCACUAGAGAUAUUUAUCUAUGGCACAAUUAUUUGGCCCUCUUGACUGUGAAUGAAAGUGACAAUGAUAUUCUCUUCAGUAAGAUGGGAUUUAAACUUGUCAUUUACUGUAGCUCUUCCUGUCAGUUUUAAGGAUGCUUACCUUUUCCAUGAAUUUCCCUCCCAUCCUUGACCUUGGUUGAAUGUCACUGAUGUUCACCCUGCCUCUGUGCCAACUACAAACCUACAGUACUCUACUUGGUUCUUUGAACGAUUGUGUUUUGAUGAACUAGAUUAAUACUUUAGUACGUAAGUAGAAACUCUGCCCCCUUUUGUUGUUUGUUUGUUUGUGUUAUUCAGUUUUCUCCUCUGAGGAAAAGUUGUGUUGAAAAGCCAGUUAAUGGUGAACAUAGGAGAAAUUAUUUUUCUAAAAACAUGCCAAGUUAACAAACAGUUGCAAUUAAAAUAAUAUUCAAAAUAACCAGAAUAUGGUGUUAUGUAUUAUUUUACACAUUUUGAGCCAGUUGGUUCAGUUGUUCUAAACAAUUGAAAAGCAAUUCAAUUGUUAAACUUGUUACUCAACUGCUUUAUACUGUCACUCCAUAUUUUGAAAUAUACAUAUUUGAAUAAUUUUUUGUUUUAAACAAUCCUAUAAGAACAUUUAAAGUGCCUUUUCUCUUCAGAUGGCAUUGUUGUACACUCCUGAACAAAAUCUUAAGACCGGGAGAAAAAGUAUUUGCAUUUCGUGCUGGUGGAACAUAUCCAGGUUGUAAGUAGAGCUUCAAAAUGCAAAAAGAAGAAACAGGACAAGAGACAAAAAAAUAGUGUAGCAAUUUAUUAAAAACUGCAUUUAAACACAAACAGGCAGUUCAUCAGCUGAUCAAAAGUUUAAGACCAUAGCCCAAAUUAAACCCCAAAACAGACAAAGUGUCAAAAAAGGACUCGGUAGUAAGAAGCCCCACCGAUGUUGUUUAUCACUUCAAAAAUUAAUUUAGGCAUGCUUGAUGCAAGUGUUUCCAGGAGGAUGGUGGGAACGUUGCUCCAUGUGUAAUUUUUCCCCCGGUCUUAAGAUUUUGUUCAGGAGUGUAGGUCGUAGAACAUGAGUUCUUCCUGAACUACAAACUGUAAAUACUUUUACAUAUGAGUGAAUAAAUCUAAUGAGUGAUGUGUUGA